GACAAAGAUGUGACUAUCCACUGAGACUAAUCAAGCAUUUUACAAACUUUCUUCUAAUGCCUAUGAGACUUCAGAAUCUAAAAAGGAAGGUUCUAGAUAUCUUUAAGCAGCCAAAACACCUUACUUUUCCACCGGAUAAUUAAAAUGUCCUUAAGCAAUAUCUCAAAUUGCAGUGUCUACAGACAACUGGAACCAUUUACCUAUUUUUACUACUUAAUUUUCCUCAUUGGAUUUAUUGGGAGUUGUUUUGCCCUAUGGGCAUUCACUCAAAAGGAUCAGAAACAAAAAUGUAUGAGCAUCUAUCUAAUUAACCUCCUAACAGCUGAUUUCCUGUUGACUCUGGCAUUGCCAGUAAAAAUAAUUGUUGACUUAGGUAUUGCCCCCUGGAGACUGAGGAUAUUCCAUUGCCAGGUCACAGCUUGCCUCAUCUAUAUUAACAUGUAUUUAUCAAUCAUAUUUUUGGGAUUUGUAAGCAUGGACCGCUGCCUUCAGUUAAUGCACAGUACUAAGAUCUAUCGAAUCCAAGAACCUGGAUUUGCCAAGAUGUUAUCUGCAGUUGUAUGGAUAAUGGUUCUCCUUAUAAUGGUACCUAACAUGGUGAUUCCAAUCAAAGAAAUAGAACAAAAGCCUACUGUGGGGUGUAUUGAUUUCAAAACAACAGUUGGAAAAGAUUGGCAUGUGUUUACUAAUUUCAUAUGUACAGCAAUAUUCCUGAAUUUUUCAGCCAUGAUACUUAUUUCCAAUUUUCUUGUUGUUAGACAACUUUACCUAAACAAAUACAGCAAGAGUUAUGCAAAUGUAAAGAAAGCUCAGAUAAAUAUACUGUUAGUAACAGCAGGCUACAUCAUGUGUUUCGUUCCUUACCACAUUGUUCGGAUCCCCUAUACUUUGAGCCAGAGUGAUGCUAUAACCGAUUGUCUUCUGAAACAAUCCCUCUUUAAAGCAAAGGAAUCCACUCUGCUGUUGGCAGUGUUGAAUCUCUGUUUUGAUCCUAUUUUAUAUUUUUAUCUUUCCAAGACAUUUAGACUAAAAAUUACUGAGACUUUUAUAGCACAUAAAGAAACAAAGAUUCUCACAGGAGAAGGAGUACAUUGAGAAGAGGCACAUUAUAUACAAAAGUACUGUAGUAUUUCAACCUAGACUACCAACACUGUGUGUGCAUAUGUAAUUUAUACAACUGCUGUGCGUUUGCUGAACAUGGCUAACAAUGUCAAUAAAAUUACUGUCAAACCCUAACCCUGGGCAGAAGGAAAGCUUAAUGAUGGAUCUGGAUCACUUUAUUAUUUUACAGCUUCAUACACUGAUUUGGAAUAUUAUACAGUUCUGUACUAUCAGAAGACCUGAUACGAGUCAUAGGAAUAUUUUAACACACUGCUUAAUUAAGAACAUAUGAAGUCAUACUAAAGACCUACCCAAAAAAUACCUAUGAAGCAUGAUCCAAACAUGUUUUGUAAUGCAAUUUAUCAAGAAAGAUUCAAAAAUAUUUAAUAAAGGUUUAUGAAUUGAGGCGAUCUGGACUCACCUUUACUACAUAAUAAUGUUAAAUGCUUUCUGUAUUAAUUUACCAGGUAUAAUAAAGGAAGAAUGUACUCAACAGCAACUGAUAAGCUGCGAAGACUCUCCACAGCCAUAAUAAAACCAAACAUUUCAAAAGGCACUUUUUCUAGAAAGUGAUUUUAAGCUGAACUGAUUUAAAAUGCACUGUAUCUGCUUAUAUCACCCCUGUCAUUGCUUACAAAUAAAUUUUUUCAUUUUGUAA